AUGAUGCUGACGCUGCUCAGCUCGCGCAAGCGCACCAAGGGCGACUGGCGGAGGCUCGGCGAGAGGCUUGCUGGGUUGAAGAUUACCAACAUUUACAAUUACCGGCGGAGGAAGAGCGACAGGGACCUCCGCGUAAAGAAGGUCAGGAAGCUGGCGGCGCCGACCGCCUUCUUUAGCAAGCUGCUGCCCGUCGGCGUCAUGAUUGCCCAUGUUGUCCGUGCCUUUUUCACUUAA